AUGAGCGCCAAAGUUUACCUAGGUUUCUGUCUGGAGGUAUUGGUGAUCCACCGCUACUAGAUACGGAGGCCCGUUAAGCGCAAGCAUCUUCUAUUCAGUCCAAAAUCAUUUUGAACCAUUAAGGAAUUUGGAGUUUGAACGUACGCGUGGCGCUUAGAUUGUAGCGUUCGGUGUACUUCAUUUUAAUGGCAUUCCAAUAUGAAUAUGCAGUAGUAAGCCAAAUACCCAGAUCGUUUGAAGAAUUUUUGAUGUCUCCUGAUGCUAACGUACCAGGAAAAAAGGGUGGAAAAUUCAACUAUGAGGAAGCUUGCAAUGAGAGAGAAAAAUUCGUUGAGGCAUUGAGACAAAACGGAGUCGAUGUACUUGAAAUGGAAGCGGAUGAACGUCAUCCUGAGUGCGUAAAAGUAGACGACACAGCUGUCAUAAUUAAUGGGACAGCACUGAUGUGUAACCCAUAUAGAUGUCACAGACAAGGAGAAGUCAACCUAAUCCGUCAUACUCUCAAGAAAGAACUGGGAAUUAAGAUAGUUGAGUUGAACACAGAAAAUGCUCAAGUUGAGGGGAGUGAUGUCCUUUUCACAGGUCAGGAAAUUAUUGUGGGCAUUUCCGCCCAUACUAAUGAGGCUGGUGCUCACGCUGUGGCACGUGCAUUCCCAGAAUAUGCAACUUCUAUCGUCAAGUUACCUCAGCCUUUUCGUUCCCUUAAAGAUGCCGUUGGUGUGGCUGGGAUCAAUGUACUGGCAGUGGGCGAAAGUGAAGCAGCUAAACAACUAUUAAAGGAAAUUGGUCGUGUUGCUUCACAUACUUAUAAAGUGAUUACAUUACCAGAGGAUCAUGCUGCUAAUGUUUUAUAUAUCAAUCAUCAUCUAUUGCAUUUAUCAUCACAAAUGAUACCAAAAAGUAUUGGAAUAUUUGAAAAUAAAAUUAAUUAUUAUCGUAGUCAAAUACAUAUUCCAGAAUUAUUUAAUGCUGGUAUACCAUUAUCAAAACUUGCUUUAUUUGCUGGACCAUUUGGACGUCAAAAAAAUAUCAUAUCAACUAUACCAUAAAAUGUUCUUCUUGAAAAAAAAAGUUUUUUUUAUACCUUGGUCUUAUUUGUGUUUGUUUUUUUUGUUUUGUUUUUUUCUUUAAUUUUAAACAUUGAAUCAUUCAAUUAUAAUCAUAGUUAAUGGUUGAAGAAGAGUAAGGAAGAGUAUAGAGAUAUAUGGUCAGCUCGUUUUAUAUUAAAUAACAAUAGUUUAUCUUCAAUUGACUCGUUUUUCUAAAGUUACCUGUAACCUAAUUUUUUUUUCUUUUUGUGGUGAACAUUUUGUUUUAUUAAUGAUUGUAUGUAAUCCGUAUAACUUACCUACCUAUAUACUAAACUAACAAUAAAAGCCUAUUUAAUGAUUAUAUCAUAGACUACAAUCAUUUUGCAUACUUUUAUUGAAUAGGCUAUUUUCAAAGUUUAUUAUUAUUACUAUUAUUGUAUUUAUGUUUCUUUCUCUUUUUUUUGGUUUUUGAAGAAAAAUUGUUUGAUUUAUUUUAUCCGCUUAACAACUGACCUUGAAUAAAGUGUUAAAUGUUUAAUAUUAACAAAAAUGUCAAAUGUUUGUUUUUUCAUAUUGAACGCAACCGGUUCAUAUUAGAAAUAAGGCUUAGAUAAAAAAAAACCCAGAAGGAUGCAUGCUAAUAAAGAUGAAUAUUACUAAAAGUGAUCAGUGAAAUAUGGUUUGUUUUACUGUCUAUUCGUUUGCUUAAUCAUCAAUCGAAAACGUAUGACUAAAAGUGUACUUUAAACAAAUAGUAUAACAUCUUGAAGUUGAUAACCAAUUGUUGUUAUCCUAGCCGUUUUAUCUCGUAUGUCUUUUGAACACCUAGAGUAUAAUCUAUUAAAAAGGAUGUUUGUUUGUGGUGAAUUUCAUAAACAAUCGUUUCAUUUUGAAAAAAAAACAAUAUUUACAUUUUCACUGUAAAUAUCUAAUAGCCUUUACAUUUUUGGUCACUUGAAAUUGUCUUUUAUAUUCUUGAUCUGGGGAUCUAACAAUUAUUUUUUGUCACUAUAGUCAAAAUGAUAGUAUUAAACGCAUCUAAUACCC